AUUGGGCAACCUUUCAUGAUCGUCCCUAUCAGAGUGUCACAAAAACAGUUGGAAGUUCUACUAACAGAUCAAAUAUCUCUCCGCUACGAGAUCCACGGAGUUGCAGAUAAAUACUUCAACCUGGUUACAGAUGAAUGCAUUAGCGUCAACGCACACUAUGCAGCUGUAUCUAGCUCUCUAAACGUCGUCAAUCAAAUCGGUAUGCGUGCCGUGGGCAAUAAUGGUCAGUGUAGGAAUAUUCUGGUCGAUGUUGACGGGUGGUAGUGCUUCUGUGAAUGGUGUCGCUCUCGAUUCGACUGGCCGAUACAUGAGUGCUAAUAUUUCCGUACGUCGCUACUCCAAUCGAGUUCGUAUCUCUGUGCCUAACUGUGGUGAGUUGAUGACUCUUGUGACGUGGGUGUUCUGUGAGUCUCGUACUAUGGAUGAUCCUACGGCACCAGGAGGACGCGUAACUGCCAAUGCGAUCAAGUUUUUUGUUUUAAGAGGUCUUAACUUUGAGCACAGAGACUCCCACGGUCUAAUCGGUCAACACUGGAACCGUGAGGUUAGUGUCACCCCCUUCACUGGUGUGGACAGGAACGGUAAUCCCGCCCCCAAUCGUUACGUCAUCAAUCUGAGCAGCCCCAUCUCCGGAGAGGAACGAUCCUUCACCGGCUACUUCACCUGGGAUUUCGAGGAUGGUCCUUGUCUGUACGCCGGAAACAGACAGGCCGGUCCGAUAUACGAGAUACAAGAACCCAACGACUUGGUAAUUGAGGGACGUUACAACGAGCAUGUGGUGGAUAGUGCAUUCAGUGAAGAUAUCUAUGCAUACGGUAUGUUCAGAGAGAACAUGUGUGUUUAAUGUUAAAGUAGCUCCCUCCCAUUUUCUUAUAUAGUAGUGUAUGAGACUGGAACAUUGGGUGUGUUGAUCGUUU